AUGUACGGCACACAUAAUUGGCAAUGUUGGGCAGUAACUGGGCGAAUCUCUGACCAUCUAAUAGAGGAUUACAUUGCUGAGCUUGAAAGGAAGAAUUUAGGGCCUUCUCUACAGAAAUAUAAGAAAGCACAGUUUAAGAUCUGGCAGAUUGAUUUUAAUCUCGAGAAAAAUGGGAAUAUAGUCAUAUAUACGGGUUGUGUCGUAUCAGAGAGACAAUUUGGGGGGUGCGUUCUUUCUGAGAAUGAAGAAGAUGGAAGGAGCUGUAGAAACUGGAUUGCAGAGCAUAGUGAGCUGUUUGUCGAGAAAGUUACAUUCCGAAACCCGCUGAUGUUAGUUAUCGCAGAUUGUAUGCUAAGCAAGGGCCCGAAGGGUGUUCAUCUUUCGUACGCGCCUGAAACGGAUCAGGGCCGUCUCAAGAAAUUGGAAUUCGACUUUUCAGAUAACGACGUGCAAGAACUGAGCAGAGCUGGCGCAGCUGAAAAUGUAUUUUCUGGUUCCAUUCUGCCAUACCUCUAUGAACAUACCGGUGUUAGAGGCGAGAAGCUGCCAAUCUCAGAGCUCAAGAUCCACGACCGAGUGUUAGUGACCCGAAGCCAGCUCAGGACCUUCCAGGGCAGCAGUGAUACGACGUGUGCUAUCAUAUCCGGGCUGCUAGAAUUUCUCAAUGCACAAUACAGCAGUGCUUGA